AUGUCCUCAGAUGCAGCUGUCUUCCCAAGCAGAUCCGACCCGACGCUCUGGAAGGACUUGAGCAGCUCUGGCACAACAAGUGGGAUGCAGCCUUCGGCUGGACGGGCAAGUUGGGCAGGCCCAUAUCAGAAUGGCAAAGCCCCUGGAGCUGGGGAUCGGCGUGCCCGUUUCCCUCACAUAAAGGAUCUCCAAGAUCAGGCUGCGCGAUUGGAUGUGGAUGAAAGGAGUUCAAUACAUCACCUCUUGGGAACGGCUCAAAAAGCGAUGCAGCAGUGUAAAACACUGCUCGAUCAGGAACAGUUGGGAAUGGCUUAUGUCCAAUACCUCCGUGCCUCCGAGAUCACGGUCAAUAUUAUACCCCGCCAUUCGGACUACCGAUCAGCCGUCCACCAGCGCCCUGGCUGGUAUGACCAAUUUUCAGAUCUCAUGUUGUCCAUUCGCACCAAGCAAGCUACCAUGGAUGCCAUUAAGCAGCAGAUAAUUGACGAUAACCUCAAGAACAAUGUCAAUCCCACUGUUUCUGCUUUCGUCGAGAUGACGACGCACACCUCCAGCCCGAGGAGCUCCCGUCACGAAAAGGGUCACGAAAGCGGGUUGUUGAGGAUGCCAAGUCCUUCCGACUUCCAGAGGUCGUCAGAUGGACCGUUGAGACAGGAUGGCUUGCCUCGCAAACCAGUUGAAAACUCGUCUUCGGCGGAGGAUAUGCUGGUUCAACGGUUUGCUAGGUUACGGGCGAACCGGAGCUCUACACCGAGUAAUCAAGUGCCAACAUCCACAGAGGAGAACGGGGUGGCCACUGUGCCUUCUCCGCCGGGACCUCUUUCAGAUUAUCCUCCUAGACCAUCCGUCAAUCUGUCUCAGGGCAAGAUGAACACAUCUCUCAGUUCAGUGCCGCCCCGUCCACUGGGCCCACGAGCCAUGGGGUCUUCUCAAAAUGUACCCAGUCCCCCUACGAAGGCCCCUCUGGAUACUGUCAACGUGUCGCUUCCUCGCGCUCCUAGUCCGGCGUACAGCCCUAUAUGGACUGUGCCAUCCCAGCCACCAUCGAAUCCGCCAAGAACUUCCAGUGAGAGCUCACGCGCAGCGAAUCCCAGGUACUCGCAGCUUUCUGGCUCUCCAAGGGGCAGUCCUAGCCGUGCUUCGGAUGACGACAACCCUUACAGGUCACGAACACCUAACGGAAUUCAUCUAGCUCAAGAAAGCAAGAGCAGCUCCGCGGAGUUACCCCACAGUCCGACGAUUCGGGCGCAACAGCUCCUCGAUUAUAUGCGGAAGUAUAACGUCUUGGUCAUUGACGUCCGUCCUCGCGAUCAAUAUGAUCAGGGUCAUAUAUAUGCGAAAUCCAUUAUAUGUAUCGAGCCUGUGGUUCUGAAAGAAAAUGUUUCUGCGGAAGAGUUGGAAGAGCGUUUGGUGGUCUCUCCCGAGCAUGAGCAGUCUUUGUUCGAACAACGAAAUGAAUUUGAUCUCGUCGUGUACUAUGAUCAAAACACGGACUCUGUCAGCUAUCUUGCCGGGUCUCCUGUGGGAACAUCGGCGCCUCACCUGAGGGCACUCUAUGAUACACUGUAUGAGUUUAAUGCCUACAAGCCCUUGAAAGAUGGACGGCCGCCUGCUCUUUUGCUGGGUGGGCUUGAUGCCUGGGUUGAUUUGGUGGGACAGCAGUCUCUUGCCACGUCUUCUACGGCAGCUGUCAUGGGUUCAAUUCAAGCAAAGAAGCCCGUCCCCUCACCAGGCCGUCCCAUCGGGAGGGUACCCAUGGCGAGUGCCAACUCCAGCUUGGAAGUCAGGAAGAGGAGGCUUCGCGAAUUCACACCGCUCAAUUCGGAAGAGCUUACGGCGUGGAUGGAACGGGCAAAGAGUGAAGAGAUCGAGGCGAACCCGCACGAAGACGAGAACGGUACCGCUGCGGAAGAACAGGAGAAUGUCCAAGGCGAACAAGGGCCCUCUUCACCUUUUGUCCAUACAUAUGAGGAUUUUCUGCGUCGAUUCCCCGAGCCGCAUGCCGUCCAGCAGUCUAUGAUGAUGCCAGAGCCUCGAGUGACAAUGCCAGCUGUACCAAAUUAUGCUGCCCCUGUUCCGGUUGCUCCCUCGCGGCCACCGCCUGCAGUUCCGCGGCCGAGUUACGGCGGCGUUUCUGACGGUCGCCAAAUCCAGCCUACUCUUGCACGUCAGAAUUCUGCAACCAGAACCGCUCUCUACACCCCUAACUCUUCUAUGCAUCAGCUCAAGCUUCCCCGGACCGGUCUCACCAACUUUGGGGUCACUUGCUAUAUGAACGCUACUAUCCAGUGCCUGAGUGCCACGGUCAUGAUGAGCAAAUUCUUCAUUGAUAACCGGUUUCGGUACUACGUCCAGAAGAAUUGGAAAGGCUCUCAGGGCGUCAUGCCGGGGCUUUACGCGAAUCUGAUACGGUCUUUGUGGAAGAACGAUGUGGAAGUCAUCAUGCCCACCUCCUUUCGCAACUUUUGCGGGCGACUGAAUCGGGAAUGGGCCAUCGAUCGGCAGCAGGAUGCGAAGGAGUUCUUUGAUUUCAUCGUCGAUUGCCUGCACGAGGAUCUGAAUAUCAACUGGCAGAGAACGCCGUUACGGCCCCUGACGUUUGCGGAAGAGAUGCAACGAGAGCGAAUGCCUGUUCCCAAAGUAUCGAAGAUCGAGUGGGACCGGUAUUGCCAUCGAGAGGAGUCGUUUAUCUCCUCACUUUUUGCAGGACAACACGCCAGUCGGCUGCGCUGUACAACUUGCAAGCGCACGUCGACCACAUACGAAGCCUUCUACAGCAUCAGCGUUGAGAUUCCGCCAUCGGGAACCGGUGAUAUAUAUCAGUGUCUGCGGAGCUAUUGCAAGGAGGAGAUGUUAAGCGGCGAUGAGGUGUGGAAAUGUCCGUACUGCAAGUGUGAGCGGGUGGCGACCAAACAAAUCAUCAUAACCCGCGCACCGCAAAUCCUCGUGAUCCACUUCAAGCGGUUCUCCGCUUCCAAGACACAGUCGGCGCGCAAGAUUCACACGCCCAUUGACUUUCCUCUCUAUGGCCUCCGCAUGGAUGAGUUUGUAAUACCCUAUCCACCGGCCACCGCCUCGAAUGGCGAUUCGGUUCAAUCAUCGCCGGGGUCUUUACUUUCUCCGACGACACCGCCCUUCACUUAUGAUGCCUAUGCGGUCCUGCGCCAUCUGGGCUCGUCCAUGAGUGGUGGGCAUUACGUCUCCCUCGUCCGAGAUGCGCAGCGUCAGUGCUGGCGCAAAUUCGACGAUGAGCGUGUUAGUGACUUUAACCCGCGAGAUCUGCGAUUUUCGGAUCGCCUGCAGAAUGAGCAGGCGUACAUUGUCUUCUACGAGCGGGUUCCCGCCAAAUAA